CUAUAUAUAAUGUUGGAAGCAGCAGCAGUAGCAGGAGUAACAUUCCUCUUUCUAACAUUCGCCUCAUGGUGUGUUGGCGAAGGUGGUGAAAUACUUGGCAAGAAGUACGAUGCAUCUAUAAUUGGUGGACUCUUAAUAGCUUGGUUAAACACUGCACCUGAGGCGAUAUUCUUUAUAACUGCACUUCAAAGUCGGAAUAUUAGAUUCGCCGUUGGUGCAGUCAGUGGUAGCUCAAUAGUCGUCUGCACGAUUGCUCUAGGCUGCUGUAUAUGGAUUGGAACAAAGAAUAGGAGGGCUGGACAAAUUACUUUACAACCACCAGUCAAGCGACAAUGCUUGAUAUUGUUGGUCUCUCUGUUGAUACCUCUGUGUCUGGCGAUGUAUGGCUUCAGCAUGCUGUUGGGAGUCGUGGGCAUUGGCUCCUACUUGCUGUUCAUCUUGGAACUCAAUAUUCUACAAGCUGCCAGAGGUGGACAAGGAGGAGGAUCUGGAGGCUGCCGCCGAGGAAGAUGCCGCUGA